AUGUCGUUCAUAUCGUCCAUGUUCUAUCGAGCUGCUGUUAGCGAGGAAUCGCGACGAGCUCCGAUCGGUAAAGUCAAUCGCGCCCGACGGCCAGCACCUCAUGGUGGCAGACCUGCUUCGGACAAAUCGAAGGACGCCGGCGACGUAGAUGAAGAUGCCAAUCUUUUCGAGAGCACUGCGACAACUGCCGAUGCCGAUGCCGAUACUUUCCAAGCCAAGGUUCAGGUCAUUGAAGACAUCAUCGAAGAGGACAAUCUCUACAAGGUUCUUGGCAUCAACAGGAAUGCCAAGAACGAAGAGAUUCGUCGUGCUUUCCUCACUAGAAGUCGAUCUUGUCACCCGGACAAGUUCCCAGAUUAUCCCAACUCGACCAUUGCUUUUCAGAAGCUCGCCUUUGCCUAUGAGACACUGUCCAAACCCGCAUCUCGUCAAGCAUACGAUUUCUCCCCUCACACACAUUCCAUGUUCAACGGAAAGUCACCGCACGACGCUUUCGACGACGAAUUUGGCGAAGCAUUUGCAGAUGCUACUCUCCAGGAUGUACUCUUCACCGUAUACGUUGAGUUCUUUGAGGGUGACUUUACGUCAGUCAAAGCUUUGCUCAAGGUUCUCGCCGACAGUGGCUUGGGCACUUACAGUGACGCCAACAUCAGCAGCAUUGAGGCCAAAUUCCGUGCACUCUCGCGCCUCAUGCGCGCCACACGCAGAUACUCGCGCGUCCUGCUCAACGAAAUGUCGCGCCUCUACGAGAUUCAGCAGGACCUACGAGGCCUCUCGUACUUUGACAUUCCAGGUCGACUAAGGCUCACUCUGCAGCUUGCCCGAGUGACACUGAGUAUCCCUUUGGCAAUCGACCAGGCCAUGCAGAAUCCCGAAGACUAUGACCGCAAGGAAUUUGGGCAAUGGUUUGAGGAUAUGCGUGCUCAAUCAACAGACUAUAGCUCCAGCGAAGAUGACGAGAACCGGCCAGAUCACGGCUUUGGACUGCAGGCAGAGGCCGACACAGAUACACCAGGAUCCGAUGAGCAAGCACGCAUGCGCUAUGUGCGAGCUCGUGAUGCGCGCAUUGCGCGGCGAGCCGCCGAGCAUCGCGACCCAGGCUCCAACAAUGGUCCCGUUGGUGAGCAGGAGGCGGCGGCUCUGCCUCAUCAAGAGACCAAAGAGCUGCGUGCUGGCUUUCUAGGGCCCACGACCACCGCUCUCUUUGCUGGCAUGGUCAAUCUACUCGAAGCAGGCGAAGGAUGGAUGGGCGGCAAGCCGGCUGCAACGUCACACUGA